GCCUGUGUCUGCUUCAUCACUUGCAUUCAAUGGCAGAAACCGGUGGUGGUGCCAUUACGGUCACCCAAAAGAUAAAAGGAUGGUUCCCAGAAAGGGUUCAACUGCACAUAGCCAUGCUUGCCUUGCAAUUUGGUUAUGCUGGUUUUCAUGUCGUUUCUAGAGCUGCCCUUAAUAUGGGCAUCUCGAAGAUCGUAUUUCCAGUCUAUCGAAACAUUCUUGCUUUCGUCCUCCUCCUUCCUUUCGCUUAUUUCCUCGAAAAGAAGGAAAGGCCGCCGAUCAAUCUCAAUUUUCUUAUCCAGUUCUUCCUGCUCGCGAUCGUAGGGAUUACGGCGAACCAAGCUUUCUACUUAUUGGGUUUGGACAACACUUCUCCGACCUUCGCCUCCGCGAUUCAGAACUCCGUUCCCGCCAUCACAUUCCUCAUGGCGGUGGUUCUCCGGAUAGAGAAGGUGAGAAUAGACAGGAAAGAUGGGAUAUCAAAAGUCGCCGGAACUGUAUUCUGCAUCGCCGGAGCAUCAGUGAUCACCCUUUACAAGGGUCCAACAAUCUACAGCCCAUCGCCAUCUCUACACAGCAUUAGGGCAACUUCACCGGUGUUGCAGUCACUGGGUGACGCCAACGGAAAAAGCUGGGCUCUUGGGUGCUUGUUUUUGAUCGGCCAUUGUCUUUCUUGGUCAGGCUGGCUCGUGUUGCAAGCCCCGGUCCUGAAAAAGUACCCAGCUCGCCUUUCUUUCACGUCGUACCAAUGUUUCUUUGGAGUCCUUCAGUUUCUAGUGUUGGCUGCGUUCAUGGAAAGAGAUAUCAACGCUUGGCUUAUUCACUCCGGUGCCGAACUGUUUAGCGUCUUUUACGCGGGUGUGGUCGCAUCUGGGAUCGCAUUUGCUGUACAGAUAUGGUGCAUCGACAGAGGUGGCCCAGUUUUCGUGGCUUUGUAUCAACCAGUUCAGACCCUCGUCGUCGCUCUCAUGGCUUCAGUCGCUUUAGGCGAAGAGUUCUAUUUGGGCGGGAUAAUUGGAGCCGUACUGAUCAUAACAGGAUUGUAUCUUGUGUUGUGGGGAAAGAACGAAGAGAGGAAGUUCAUGCUACAAAAGCAGCCAGCGUUGGUCCAAGCCCCCACGAGCACAGACCAUGGUGCACCGAGGACAACAAGCCACAUGAUUAAGUCGUCCAUCACACAACCUCUACUCCCUCAAUCAACCGAAAAUGUUUGAUCAACAUAACCGUUUUGUAACUAGUGUGUGUACUCGCUGGGACUUCAGAAGCAAAAUUAUGGAAGUUACUAUGCAUUAUUAUGUGAGACCGAAAGGAAAAAAAAAGUUUGGUGUGUUUUUUGAACAUGUCGUUUUGUUUGCGUGUUCCUGUUUUUAGUGUUGGAAUGAUUAAAUUCAGUGUUACGAUAUCUUAUGUAUUACAUAUUGUGUCAUUUGGUCAUUUCAAAAUCGAAAAAUAUGAACUCUUUUAAGGCAA